AUGACGCGAGCGGCGGCGGCACUCUGCCUGGCAAUCUGCGCCGGGGCGGACGCGUAUGAAAGGAUAAUCCCCACCGACCAGGCUCACGCCGACAUUGUGGGGCAGACAAACUACCAAGGCGGCCAGUCUUGCCGCUCCCUGCCCACCGUCAUCGGCACGGCUUCCGAGAAGGAGCUGAGCGAGGUGAUGCGUCGCACACACUCGAUCCGGGCAGUGGGCACCGGCGCCAAUUGGAACAUCAACAACAUGGCCUGCGCCGCAGCGGGAGGCUUCAGCCUGGUCACCGCGGCGAUGUGCGAGGUGGACGAGCUCACGGGCGCUCUGCCAUUCUACCUGGCGCCCGCCGAGGGGACGGCGACUGCGACGGCGGCGACCCCGGACAUCAAGGUCGACGAGGCCAAGGGCGUUGUGACGGUCAAGACCUGUGUCACCGUGCAGGCUCUCAACGAGUACCUCGCCGCGUACCGGACAGAGGCGUCGCCGACGGGCUACAUGCUGCCGGAGCCAGGCACGAUCUAUGCGGGGCAGACGGUGGGCGGCGCCGUGGCCACCGCGACGCACGCGCACUCGCUCGUGGAAGGGAGCUGGUCCGCCAAGGUCCUGGAGGCGCGCCUCAUGACGGCGGACGGCGAGGUCAUCGAGGGGGUGUCGGAGGCGACCCGGCCGCUGCUGUGGCGCGCGCUCAAGACGUCGGGUGGGCGGCUGGGCGUGCUGCUCGACGUGACGGUGCGAAUCGUCAAGCACCGCAUGAUCAAGGUGAGCUAUGGCGACGAGCUGAGCGCAAGCGACUUCAUUAUCGACGUCAAGCAGACCGCGAUGCACGUGGCGCAGGCG